GUGUUGAGCUCCAGCUGAGUAUGGCAGGAGAUUCUCGAGUCCACAUGGACCACGACAUGGAGAUAGGAGUCACACCCACAGCGGUAAGAACAUAUUUCCCAUACGCACACACAGUCCUCUCCCUCCCCCAAUUGUCCUGUGUAACAAUGCUGGGAGGUAUAGAGACAGGGGGCAGAGCGGGGAAGAGGGAAAGAAAGAGGGGGUGGUGAAAGAUGGAAGUGUCUGGUGUAAGGGAAAAAUAUAAGGAGAUGAGAGGGAACCAUUGUGGAUCAUGACUUUCCUAUAAGAGGGGUGAUCAUGUGUGUGUGCCUGUCUGUCUCUGCAGAAGAGGAUUGAUGGAUGGUUCAGCCCACUACCGUGGAAAAGAUUGUGAGAAAACAACUCACACGUCCUGAUAAUGGAUAGUGAAACAGUCCAGGUUAUUUGUCUUUAUUCCAGAGACGAUUGAAUGUAUUCUCCCUAACCGAGUGUGGUGAGACAAACCAAUUGUGGAAAAACACCAGCACACAGCAAUUGCUAAUUAAUUUGUUUAUGGAGUAUCAGAACUGCAGACAUCAUUGACUCUGGGAUGGCCAACAGUGGGCUGGCUGCACUAUUGUAGCACUGUCUGUGACUGGCUUCAUCAAUCACUCAAUUAGGAAUUUCUUUAACGCUCUCAAAUAGAAAAAAAUAGGUGCAUUGUCUUUGAUUUAGGACUGUACAGGUACAGAUGUAGGUUCUUAAUUUGAUUACCCUGUUGCAGGAGAACUUGCAAUGCAGGAAAUUUAAAAGCUACCUUCCCCCAAGGAAAUAGAGACAUUACAUUUUGAAGUGGCCCCUGCUUUCUCCCAAACACUCGUCACAAGAGCCCAAUGUCAUUGAGUGACUAAUAGCUGUAUUGGUCAAUGGAUGUUGUCUUUCACUUCACUGUCAAACCUCUCAUUACCGUAUAAUCUAGAAAAAGAUCAAUACAUUAAUAAAGUGUCGACAUUUAGAACUUUUUCAUAGAAUACAGAUUCGGCAAUUGGUUGCUAUAUUGUGUCGAUAAAAACAGCAGGCCGAAAUGACGUCACACCUACAAAAAAACUACACUGUUGAAUACAAAUUAAGUGGUUGAUGUGUUUACAUUACCCAUUUAGGCAAAUUGUGGAUUAAUACAUUGGUCAUAGGCUGUAUGCCCUCCCACCUAUCUGUUUCAUGUCUCAGAUAGCCCGCAAAAGCCAGCAUAGAUAGAAUGCAAGAAUUUACUAAUAUUUGCCAUAUUCUAAUAAUUCUCGUGUCAACGUAUCGCCACGGUCCGUGCCAUGGUGAAACUUACACUCCUGUAGAUCUGAAAUAAUUGAUGGUGAAACUUGCAUCCAGCAAAUCAGAAAGCAAGUCGAAGCAAAUCAGCCAUUCUUGAAAGUCAGUACAAGGAUCCUGCAAAGAAACAUUAUUUUUAUAGUUGAAAAAUAGAUUUAGCAGGCAGUAGAAUUAAAUGAGUGCAGCUUCAUAGUUAUGUGUUUACAUCACGUGCCCUGCGUACCUUCAAAAUGAUUUGUCAUCAUCAUUUAUUCGAAAAACACUGUUUCCAUCAUAAUUUGUCAGAACCUAUCAGAUUUUCUGCCGGAAUCACUGAAUCACUGGACCUUUAACACUGGAUAAUCGCAACUAGCUAGCUGCAACCAAAUGAACGUUGUUGUUGGCUAAUCAGCCUUGAGCUAGCCUUGAGUCAAGCACAACUCCCGGCUAUCUACCUCUCUGUCAACCGGACGGGACCUCCUAGAGUCGACACAGAGCCCUGCCGAUCCAUCACGACUGGUCUGCCGACGUAAUUGUCUGUGGUUUCAACAGGCUUCCCGUUGCAACGACCACGAAGAUACAUCUGCUAGCCCCGGCCCGCUAGCACACGCAAACUACAACCGUGCUUCCUGCUAGCUGUGCUGAAGCACCAAUUUGAACUGCUCUCGGACUCACAUAUUGCUGUUCACUGGACCUUAUGAUCACUCAGCUGCACAGCUGAUGCCUGCUGGACUGUUCCUUUACACGGUACCCUGUCCUGUUUAUUCUGUUUAGCCUCAGCCCAAACUUUAUCGCCAUUACCAGUUGUUGUCUUAGUUCUCUCUAAUAACACCUGUGAUUGCUUUAUGCCUCUCUCCCAUGUCAAUAUGCCUUGCCUAUUGCUGUUCCAGUUAGUUCUUAUUAUACAAUUUCACUGUGGAACCCCAAGUCCCUCUCAAACUGCCUCAAAUAGUUCCUUUGUUCCACCCCCCAUACACGCGAGACCGGCUCAAUCGGUGCCUCCAGUGAUACUAUCACUUUCAUUGUUACCCAACGCUUAGGUUUACCUCCACUCUACUCAUAUCCUUCCAUAUUCUUGUCUGUACAUAAUGCCCUGAAUCUUUUCUACAACGCCCGGAAAUCUGCCCCCUUUAUUCUCUGUACCCAACGCACUAGAAGACCAGUUCUUAAAGCCUUUAGCCGUAUCCUUAUUCUGGUCCUCCUCUGUUCCUCUGGUGAUGUAGAGGCUAACCCAGGCCCUGCAGCCCCCAGUAUCACUCCUACUCCCCAGGAGCUAUUAUUUGUUGACUUCUGUAACUGUAAAAGCCUUGGUUUUCUGCACGUUAACAUCAGAAGCCUCCUUCUUAAGUUUGAGUUAUUCACUGCGUUAGCACACUCCGCCAACCCUGAUGUUCUAGCAGUGUCUGAAUCCUGGCUUAGGAAGGCCACCAAAAAUUCUGAAAUUUUCACCCCCAACUACAACAUUUUCCAUCUAGAUAGAACUGCCAAAGGGGGUGGAGUUGCAAUCUACUGUAGAGAUAGCCUGCAGAGCUCUAUCAUACUAUCCAGGUCUGUGCCCAAACAGUUUGAGCUUCUACUUCUAAAAAUCCACCUUUCCAGAAAUAAGUCUCUCACUGUUGCCGCUUUCUACAGACCCCCCUCAGCCCCCAGCUGUGCCCUGGACACCAUAUGUGAAUUGAUUGCCCCCCAUUUAUCCUCAGAGUUCGUACUGCUUGGUGAUAUGAUUAACAUCCCGGCCGUCCUACAAUCCAAACUAGAUGCCCUCAAUCUCACACAAAUUAUCAACGAACCUACCAGGUACAACCCUAAAUCCGUAAACAUGGGUACCCUCAUAGAUAUCAUCCUGACUAACUAUCAUUCCAGUGUUAAUCAUCCUGUCUUCAACCAGGAUCUCAGCGAUCACUGCCUUAUUUCCUGCAUCCGUAACGGGUCCGCGGUCAAACGACCACCCCUCAUCACUGUCAAACGCUCCCUAAAACACUUUAGCGAGCAGGCCUUCCUAAUUGACCUGGCCCAGGUAUCCUGGAUGGAUAUAGAUCUCAUUCCGUCAGUAGAGGAUGCCUGGUUGUUCUUUAAAAGUAAUUUCCUCUCAAUCUUAAAUAAACAUGCCCCAUUCAAAAAAUACAGAACUAAGAACAGAUAUAGCCCCUGGUUCUCCUCAGACUUGACUGCCCUUGACCAGCACAAAAACAUCCUGUGGCGUACUGCAUUAGCAUCAAAUAGCCCCCGCGAUAUGUAACUUUUCAGGGAAGUUAGGAACCAAGUUAGGAACCACAAGCAGUUAGGAAAGCAAAGGCUAACUUUUUCAAACAGAAAUUAGCAUCCUGUAGCACUAACUCCAAAAAGUUUUGGGACACUGUAAAGUCCAUGGAGAAUAAGAGCACCUCCUCCCAGCUGCCCACUGCACUGAGGCCAGGAAACACUAUCACCACCGAUAAAUCUACAAUAAUUUUGCUACGGCUGGCCAUGCUUUCCACCUGGAUACCACUAUCCCGGCCACCAGCUCUGCACCCUCCGCUGCAACUUGCCCAUGCCGUAAAACGGACUAUCCUACUGAUCCUUGACUUCGGCGAUGUCAUUUACAAAAUAGCCUCCAACACUCUACUCAGCAAAUUGGAUGUAGUCUAUCACAGUGCCAUCUGUUUUGUCACCAAACCCCCAUAUACUACCCACCACUGUGACCUGUAAGCUCUUGUUUGCUGGUCCUCAAUACAUAUUCGUCGCCAAACCCACUGGCUCCAGGCCAUCUAUAAAUCACUGCUAGGCAAAUCCCCCCCUUAUCUUAGCUCAUUGGUCACCAUAGCAACACCCACCUGUAGUAUGCGCUCCAGCAGGUAUAUCUCACUGGUCAUCCCCAAAGCCAACACCUCCUUUGGCCGCCAUUCCUUCCAGUUCUCUGCUGCCAAUGACUGGAACGAAUUGCAAAAAUCUCUGAAGCUGGAGACUCUUAUCUCCCUCACUAACUUUAAGCAUCAGUUGUCAGAGCACCUUACCGAUCACUGCACCUGUACACAGCCCAUCUGUAAUUAGCCCGCCCAACUACCUCAUCCCCAUAUUGUUAUUUAUUUUUGCUAAUUUGCACCCCAGUAUCUCUAUUUGCACAUCAUCUCUUGCACAUCUAUCAUUCCAGUGUUAAUACUAAUUGUAAUUAUUUUGCACUAUAGCCUAUUUAUUGCCUUACCUCCAUAACUUGCUACAUUUGCACACACUGUAUAUAUAUUUUCUGUUGUAUUUUUGACAUUAUGUUUUGUUUUACCCCAUAUGUAACUCUGUGUUGUUGUUUUUAUCUCACUGCUUUGCUUUAUCUUGGCCAGGUCGCAGUUGUAAAUGAGAACUUGUUCUCAACUGGCUUACCUGGAUAAAUAAAGGUGAAACAAAUAAAAGAAAAAGAAAAAGAAAGUUAGACAAAAGAAAAAUCCACCCCUGUUGAAUGGAUAAAAAUGUUCGAGAUCUUUACAAAAUGUGUCCUAUAUCUGCUUUUUCCAUUACACGUUGCAAAUAUUUUUUGGGCCGACAUUACUUUUGUCUAUUAAACCUGGGUCAAUGGAAACCUGCAUACAGUAUUCAGAUCUUUAUUUAAAUCAUUUGAGGACUAUAGCAUGUAUUUUCAAAGGCAUGUCUUUAAUUUGAAUUCCUUCAAUCGGGAGCCAUUAUUUCAGUUUUGGAGUAGUGUGUCAGCCUCGGAUGUAACACCACUCUGGGGAGAGAGUAAGCAGUGAACACAGGUGUUUGAUUAUCACCCAGAGAUUCAGAGGGCACAGGAGGGGCAACACCACAAUGGCAAUACCACAUUUCAAUUAACAACUGAGCUCGUCGUCUCCAACGAUCAGGACACAGAGUGCCGAUGUGCCCUUGGCCCGUGUGUGUGGGGGGGUAGAGUAGGAGCUGGGAGGGACAGGGACGGGGUGGGAGAGACCGGGACGGGGUGUUCCUAUCCAGGCCUGCCAGUGUCCCAUAGGGGGUGAGGUACAGCACUAGGGACAGGGGAGGCACAGCUGUUGAGCCAGAUCGCCUGGCUGGAGCUGGGCCAGCAGUGAGGAAGGAAGGCCUUGUACCCUUAUGUUCUCUCGCUCUUCUCCCUCCCACAGUCCUGGCGCACCUUGUGCUUGGAGAGACACUCUCUCACACAGUGUUAUGGGAGCAGUGCAGCUACAGUAUCAGGCCCCUUCAUUUCAUUUAGCCAGAGCAUCGUAUGCGGUCCUCGCCCAGCACUGGUGUAGCAGAGAUAUCUGUAGCAUUGAUUUACAGUUUAUUUAUGGUCAACGAGGGUGGCAGUUGAAGGUGGUUGAGGAUGAAAGCAAAGCAAUUACUUAAAAGGUUGAGAAUGUGUCUUUUCUCAUAUAACAUGACAGUGUGACAGCACUGCAAUGCACACAUUGUAGCAACAAGGGUAAUAUGAGAAAAUUCCACAAACUGUAAUAUGAGGACAUUUCACACAUUUUAGAAAGAAGGGUAAUAUGAGGACAUUUCACACAUUGUAGCAACAAGGGUAAUAUGAGGACAUUGCACAUGAAAAGAGGCAGAUGUUUUUGCUCACCAUUUGACCUGACCAGGAAAACAAUUGCCUUUAGCGAUAGACUGUAACGAGAGUCCAGGGUUUUUCUUGAACAGGUCACUCCUGGCUCCACACAUGAACUACUGAAGACAAUGACAUUGUGACCAAUGUCUCAGCAGAACUGUCUCUCUUCCUCUCUGUCUCUCCAGGUGAAAAAGCUUCCCAAACACAUGCGGGAGGCCCAGAUCUCCACUGAGCGCACCCACCUCAUCGCCGACCCCGUCAAGAAGCCCCGUCAACGCUAUGUCCAGAAGGACGGCAAGUGCAACGUUCACCACGGCAACGUGCAGGAGACCUACCGUUACCUAAGCGACCUGUUUACCACCCUGGUGGACCUGCGCUGGCGCUUCAGCCUCUUCAUCUUCACUCUGGUCUACGUGGUCAAUUGGCUGUUCUUCGGCCUGCUGUGGUAUAUCAUCGCCCUGAUCCGAGGGGACCUGUGGCACAGCGACGAGGAGGGCUGGACCCCCUGUGUAGAGAACCUCAACAGCUUCGUCUCAGCCUUCCUCUUCUCCAUUGAGACGGAGACCACCAUCGGCUACGGCUACCGCGUCAUCACAGAGAAGUGCCCUGAGGGCAUCAUCCUGCUGCUGAUCCAGGCCAUCCUGGGCUCCAUCGUCAACGCAAUGAUGGUGGGCUGCAUGUUCGUGAAGAUCUCCCAACCCAAGAAUCGUGCCGAGACGCUUAUGUUCUCCCACAAGGCCGUAAUCUCUGUGCGGGACAACAAGCUGUGUCUGAUGUUCAGAGUCGGGGACCUGCGCAACUCCCACAUCGUGGAGGCCUCAAUCCGGGCCAAGCUGAUCCGCUCACAGCAGACCAAGGAGGGGGAGUUCAUCCCUCUCAACCAGACGGACAUCAACAUCGGUUUCGACACGGGAGACGACCGGCUCUUCCUGGUGUCCCCACUCAUAAUCUCCCAUGAGAUCAACGAGAAGAGCCCCUUCUGGGAGUUAUCCCAGGCCCAGAUGGACAAGGAGGAGUUUGAGAUCGUGGUCAUCCUGGAGGGCAUGGUUGAAGCUACAGGUACGUCCUCUUGAAACAAGGCUAAUAGGUCACCAGGACCCAUAGCCCAUAGACCUGAAAUAAUUAGAUAGGCGUAAGCAAUAUUACAUUUACAUUUUAGUCAUUUAGCAGACGCUCUUAUCCAGAGCGACUUACAGUUAGUGCAUACAUUAUUUUUUUCAUACUGGCCCCCCGUGGGAAUCGAACCCACAACCCUGGCAUUGCAAACGCCAUGCUCUACCAACUGAGCUACAUCCCUGCCGGCCAUUCCCUCCCCUACCCUGGACAACGCUGGGCCAAUUGUGCGCCGCCCCAUGGGUCUCCCGGUCGCGGCCGGCUACGACAGAGCCUGGAUUCUAGUGGCACAGCUAGCACUGCGAUGCAGUGCCUUAGACCACUGCGCCACUCGGGAGACAAUGUGUCAAAUGGUAGUAGCUCCACCUUGCCUUCUCAUAGGCUUGGUGGAAUUGUCCAAUCUGUUUGCAUCUACACAAGUGCAUAGGGGGUAGGGGCUAGCUAUGGGUUGUUUCUGGAUAGGGCCUUGGUCAAUUCCAUUUAAACUCUUGUCUGCUCAGUAAAUCCAUUGAGGUUCUUCAUAUUCAGUGAUAAUGUAAUAUCUUUCAUUCAACAAACGAGACAAUUUCAAACCCAUACAAACACAAGUUCUAGAGGCACCAUGUGGUAUAGACCUGCAUAUAAUAAUAUAUUUACCAACUCAGGUAAAUAUGGCUGUUAUAGUUUCAUAAGACCAUUUACAAAAUAGAAAAUAUAGUUUUUUGAGAGCAUAGGUUAUUUCUUGUUACCAUGACCAACCUUGUAAUUUUCCACAAAGAAAAACAGUCAGCAGGAUCUUUAUUUGGAAGGUUGUUACAGUUAGGCAAAUGUUUCCACAUCCAUACUGAGGACCGCGUCUCCGCUAUGUUGGUGCAU